AUGGCUGGACCAAAAGUAACUCUCAGAACUUUACAGUUCAGGAAGGACGUUGUGAGGCAAGUCCGCGAUAGGCUGCGAAUAUGUCUACACUGCGAACAAGAGCAGCAUGACAGACACCUGAUGAGGAAGCAUUACAGGUACUGCCACGCUGCUGAAUAUCAGAUACCGAAAGCCCUGCCGAUACUUUGUGUCGGAUGCAAGAGAAUAUUGCCGCAUACAUACUAUAGGGUGCAUCGAUGUAAGGUGCUACUCACAGGGGAGCAAGCGCCGAUGUCGUGUAAGGCAUGCGGCGAACUGAUGAUGAACCCGGAACUGUCAGUUCACAUGAUCGAAUGUAGGAAACCCGCCGACGAGGACAUCGACCCUUUCAAGAAGAGCAAGCACGACUAUGACGGGAUACGAUGCCUUGAGCAAAGGAUGAGUGAUGAAUCGGAAGAAGCAGAUGGGCAGCGAACAACAAUGAACAUAAGGGAGCGAACCCUAGCUGCGGUCAAGGAGCAGUUGAUGACCUGUGUCCCUUGCGACAAGCAUUUCACGACUACCCAGGCCAAGCGUAGACAUGACGAACGAGAACACAAUCAAACCACAGGGGCGAAAGGCAACCCUGUGUGGUGCACUGGCUGCCACAAGCACUUCAGUGGUUCCAGCGCUUAUAUACGCCAUGUAUGCCCUGACACUGAUAAGGAGACGGAGGAAGACCAAUGUGACGGAUGUAGCAUAAGGUCACGCAACCCCGCACUAUCACUGCACAGGCUAACCGAACACAUGUAG